AUCGCCGCUCGCAACUUCUCGGAUGAUCUGGAUUCUCUGUUUGGCUUGAACUCGGGCACAACCCUUGGCAAUCUAUCAUUCACAGNNAAACGCACGGUCUCGACCCGGGAAGAAGAACUCGCAGCCAUCGAAGCUCGCCUUCGCGAAACCGAAGAACGUCUAGCACGAGCUGCUCAUAGUCCCGACCACGAACUCACAUCACACCAAGCUGCAUCCGGUGUUCAGCCAUCCUAUGCUUCGAGAAACGCUGUUCCUAGACAAACCUCUGGCUACCAAUCAUACCCCGAACAACAGUACCAAGCGAGACCGCCAAACAACAGAGAAGAGUCAUUCCAACCUCACAUCCCUGGCGCCAUGCCCAAGACACCCACACCACACUAUGGGCAGGGACAAGACUACGUAACAGUCGAUCGCACCAGA